AUGUAAUAAUCUAGUUUUUAUAUUCUUCAUUUUAAUGAUGUCUAUGACAUUGAAGAGUAAUUACAUGAACCAAAAGGAGGAGCAGCCAGAUUUUUAUAUGUUAUGAAUUAACUUAAAUAAAAUUUGCCAAACUCCUUAACCUUAUUUUCUGGAGAUGUCUUUAGUCCAUCCAGUUUGACUCAUAUUUAUCAUGGUAUUAUAAAUUCAACUCAAAUAGGUUCCCACAUCAUAUACCCACUCUAACAAUUUAAAAUUGAUGUAGCUUGUCUUGGCAACCAUGACUUUGAUUUUCCAUUGGAUCAAUUAGAAGAUUUACUCCAACAAUCAAACACACCAUGGAUAUUGAGUAAUGUGUAUGAUAAAAUUACUCAAAAGCCUUUAGCAAAUGUACUUCCAUAUAAAAUAUAAUCAAUCGGAAAUUUUAACAUUGGAUUCGUUGGAUUAGCUGAAGAAGAAUGGUUAGGGUUGAUAACAGACAUUCCUGCAGCUCAAAUAGAAUAUAGAAACUUUAUUGAUGCUGCUAAUGAGCUUUGCAAAUAUCUUAGGAAUGAUCUUCAAUGCAAUUUCAUUAUUGCCUUAACACAUAUGAGAAUUCCUAAUGAUUAAAUUUUAAUUAAUGCUCUAGACGAGGGAUUAAUAGAUUUAGUUUUGGGAGGACAUGAUCAUCUAUGGCAUCAUGAGUAAAUAAAACAGACAUUUUAUUGUAAAAGUGGAACAAACUUCAGGAAUUUAGGAUUAAUUAAAGUUUCUCCCAAAAAUAAUGAUGAUUUAUUUCAGCCACAAACAUUAAAUUUAUAAUUUGAAGUGCCCCAGCCUAUACAAUAUUAAUUAAAAGAAUAUAACAUUAGUUAUUAUCCAAUUAAUAUUUAUGGUAAAAUUCCAAUUGACCCAAUUAUGGAUGAAUUUGUACAAUAAAAAAUUAAAGUUUACAAUGAAAGUAUUUGUAUAGAUGAAAAUUAGAAACUUAAAAGAUAAUUGGAUUUAUCGAAAAUGAUCUUGAAGCAAGAUUUGUUAUAGUAAGAAGUGAAGAGACAACAACAGCUAAUUUAUUUUCAGACAUAAUAAGAUUAGAAUUUUAGACUGACAUAGGUUUUAUAUUAAUUUAUUUCUAUUCUAGCCUUGAUAAAUUGUGGUACUAUUAGAGCAGAUGAGUAUUUUUAAUCUGGCCCUAUCACAUAUCAGACUCUAGACAAACUAUUUGCCAUUCCAGAUAAUAUUGUAAGCUUUAAAAUUUCAGGAGAAAAACUACUAAAUUUACUUGAGAUUAGGUAUCAGAAUUUAUUAUGAUUUUAGUGUAUCUAAACUUCCUUCAACUGAUGGAAGAUUUUUAGGAGUGUCAGGAAUGAAAUUUGAAUAUUCGCUUUAAAAAAAUCCAAUGAAUAGGAUUUCUACUGUAACAAUUAAUAAUGAACCCUUGGAUUUAUAAAAAAUAUAUACAUGUGCCACAAAAUAAUUUAUAGCUGAAGGAGGCGACGGAUAUCCAAUGUAAACUGAAUACUUACUUGAUAAAACAUUAGGAAUUUAAAUAAAAUCUGUCUUUGUUUAGUUUUUUGAAGGAAUAAGGAAAUUAAAAAUAAAGUGUAAUACUCUGGAAGAUUUAGAAUAAACUAAAUAUAAAAGACAUAUGUCUAUAAUAUCAGGACUAAAAGAAUAUUAAGGUGAUAUAUAUAUAACAGUGAAUCCAUAAAUUGAAGGUAGAAUUAAAGUAUUUAAUUGA